GGCUGCGCAGCCAUGCGGUUUCGGGCCAAGAUCGUGGACGUCGCCUGCCUGAACCACUUCACCCGUGUGAUUAACACAAUUGCCAAAUUAGCCAAGACAUGCACUCUACGCCUUGCAGUGGACAAACUUUACUUCAUCCUUUCUGAUAAAGUGGCAAAUGGAGGGGUCAGCAUGUGGUGUGAGUUAAAUCAGGGGAACUUCUUUGAUGAGUUCCAGAUGGAGGGAGUAGCAGCAGAAUACAAUGAAAUUUACUUGGAGCUGACACCUGAAAACCUAUCGAGAGCUUUAAAAACAGCCCAGAACGCCAAGACAGUGAAAAUCAAAUUGACUAACAAACACUGCCCCUGUCUUACAUUAGCCGUGGAACUGCCCUCGUUAUCGAGCAGUAGUCGUAUUGUGACACAUGACAUUCCAGUGGGAGUUAUUCCCAGAAGACUGUGGAAUGAUUUCCGAGAGCCCCGUGUCCCAGACUUUGAUGUCAGUAUUUACUUACCAGUGCUGAAGACCAUGAAGAGUGUUGUGGAAAGAAUGAAAAAUCUCAGCAAUUGCAUUGUACUUGAAGCAAAUCUAAAUGGAGAAAUGAAUUUGAAAAUAGAAACUGAUUUAGUGUCUGUUACAACCCAUUUUAAAGGUCUUGGAAAUCCUCCAUGGGUAUCUGAGGAUGGUUCACAAAGUUCUCCGCAAGACAGAGAUCCAGAGAGCAUGGCUGAGGCACGCAUAGACAUUAGGAAGCUCCUGCAGCUACUUGCUGGGCAGCAAGUAAAUCCCACGAAAGCCUUGUGCAAUAUUGUGAGCAAAAGGAUUGUUCACUUUAUUUUGCUUCAUGAGGAGGUUUCCCUUCAAUACUUCAUCCCAGCACUUGCAUGAAUACUCUUCUACAGCUCAGCAGCUCAACCAUCUGAGGAUUUCUCUACAAAGAAUGAAACAAGCAUAAAAAGUGGGGAUUUUGUAAAUUGAUGGGCUCUUGGUCUGUAACAUUUAAAUAUGUUGUUACAUAUGUAUAUAUAUUUAUAGACUUAUUUUAAGAGCUUGGUUUUCAAGGAGAUUAUAUUUUUGUGUUGAUCAUAUAUUGGAUUAAAGUGAAAGUAUAUAGAAAGCUGGUCUUUCUAGUGUCCUGGGCAGGGAAAUCGUAGAAGUUCAUACGAGGUAUGAUUUGCUUCACUCAGUAACUGAGCAAGUAGAUGAGUGAAUAUGCUGUAACAUGAAUGUCUCUUCAAAAUUUCAUAGCAGAUAUAAGCACAAGUUCAGCUCCAAGCACUUGGGGAUUCUUUAGAUGAGGCAGCAACAUGGAUGCAUCACAGAGAGUUUCUUGGGGGAACAGGGCAAAGACUGAAAUAAACUCCCCUGAGAAUUAAGGGCCAUCACAUUCCUCGCCACCUUCCACUCUUUCUUUGAUUUUGCCUCUUGGAUCGCUCUCCCUCACUCUGGCUUGAAGGGCCACGUAUGUUCCAAGCCCUCUCAGCAGUAAGUCUCUUUGCUGCAUUCAUCCACUUCUAAUUUUCCCCAACGACUGAUUUUCUGCAGGGAUUCUGACUUCUACUGAUGGUGGGCUCAUAGUUUUGCAAAUACAUUUGUGACUAUUCCCAUUGGCUCAGAAUUCAACCUUGCACUUUGCCCUGUCUCUGCCUGAUACACAAGGGUGUGUCUAGACUGCAUCCCUUUUCCGUGAAAGGGAUGCAAAUUAGACAUAUCGCAAUUGCAAAUG